AUGACGAUAGAGACAGCAUGUGUUCUAUGCGGUGAUCCUAUCGAGCUUUGGACCCGUGGAUUUCAAGCUCUGUAUACGCUCUUAGACGACUGGGGAACUGCCCGCAUCAAGGAUACCAGAACAGGACCGCGCCGGGCCAAUGGUUGGUUCAUGGUAGACCAAAUCCCUCUUGAUAGUUCGAGUGAUGCAGAUAUUCUAGCUCUUCAUCCGAAUCCGGGAGCGGCUCGAUAUAGUAUAGAUCUAAUGAAAACCAGGUUUCAUGGAGUUGGCCGACACGACUAUUCUCCACCGAGCGCAACGUGGGGAUUCCCUUUUCACCCUGACUGCUGGGAAAUGCUCUCUGCCGCAUGCGCGGUCUCUGGGACCCGGCUUGACCUCAAGGUCAUAUUUGACCUUUGGAGAUCUCAGCCAUAUAAGCGUGACCUUCUAGAUUGGGGCCAUGACUAUGGAGGCAACUGGGAGGAUCUCGAGGGCGGGCACACGGUAUCCGAGCCUUCGACUGAUGGGAUCCUGGAUAUAUACACCGACAGCCCAUUUCAUAUCCCUACACUACGUCAAUUGUUUACUAGCGAAAUUGUAUGCGAACCUUCGAGAAACAGGAAGGUUCUCACCAAGGUCUCUCUUGUAUGUCGACAUGAAGGCGAUCCUUUUAUUAGGUUGCCGGUCGAGAUUCUGCAUAUGAUCCUCAUUCCGACAGACUCGAGAGAUGUGCUAAACCUUAGGUUGGCUUCACCCGUAUACGCUACUCUGGUCCUCCCAGAUUCAUUCUGGCGCUCCCGUUUUUGGCAAGGAAGAGAAUUUGAGCAUAUCUUCGAGGUGAACACAUUGCAGAUAUCCAAUGGAGGCUGGCGACAACUCUAUGAACGUAUCAAGGAUUUAUCGGCACUUCCUAGUUUGACUAAUAGAAAAAUAGUAUGGGGCUUAGCAUGUCGCCUUCGUGAGCUUAUAGAUCGAAGGCUGAGCGUCGGUCCUUGUUACGGGACACCACAGUGCACUAUGUUUGAACCCGAUGGUGCACGCCACAAUUUCGGAUGGCGUGUAGCCAGCCCAUAUCUAUCUCCUCCAACUGAAUAUUUUUAUCGAAGAUCGAGAUCGUUAUAUGAGCGAGUGACAACCCUCCCCGACAUUAUCAAACGCAUUUUCAUCUCCACCGUGGGAAUUAACAGUAAGAUCUAUAUCUCUGGCUUGCGAUUCGCUGGCGACAAUGACACCGGCUACCUUCUUGGGUUUUGUAGUUUGGACAAAGAAAUUGAGGUUACUUGGGAGACAGAUCAAAACUUAGAGGCCCUAUGUGGUUUCCAUGUAGCCUUCGAUUUCAAGGGGAUACGUGGUCUUCGGAUUCUCUCGCAAACGGGCGAGCCUUCGAACUGGGUUGGAGAAUGGCGCGACACGUCUCAGCAAGUAUUAACACUUACGUCCCCAGCCCAAACGCGAACCUGGAACUUGAAGGGUGGAUUCGAUGCCUUGAAGUUAGUUUCUAUCGCUAUAUUCUAUAUCGAAGACUGGCCACGAAGUCCUUGCCCUGAAUUCCCAGAUCAAUCAUCGAGGUUACGGGAAGGUUCUUUGUGGUAUGGGGAAAUACCACCCGGGGAACUUUCUCUCUCUGGCCGUCAUCAGCUGCCGCUUUCGCUCCAGGAGAACAAAAUACCAUAUUCACUUGCACUUUUUGGGGGCGUAGAUGGAAGCCAACUGCCUUGCCUAAGUGGAUUUUCGGUUUACUAUACAACAUAUUGGGAUACACUCCCUUCAGAUGGCACCGGUAUUGAGGCUAUCGAAUUCUCUUUUAGCCGCCCUGUCAACGGCAAGUCCUCGAUUAUUCUUGGGAGGGUUCCCGAUACAGACGAGGACGUGGGGGUAUGUCAUGUCACCCUGAGGUCCGAUGAAGGGGAACGUAUUAGUCGAUUGAGCACCACCUAUGAGAGUAUGACUGAUACUCUAGUUGACAUAAAGGUCCAUACUAACCACGGUCGAUCAUAUCCAUUUCCCCCUCGUAUGAUGCAGAAUUGGGGAGACGAGUACACACAUGAGGAUCUCAAGCCAGAAAGCGGGAUCAUCGUUGGUAUAUUUUCUUCGAUAACCUCUGAGCUAGGAUUUGCGACUAUAGGAAUUGCUUCUAUCCCUUCCCUCUCGGAUACUACCAUCUGAGUCGGAGCAUCGAAAAAUUAUAGUUGAAAUCUAGCGAUGGUAAAAUUGUGAAGGGAUUUCAUCAAUUA